AUGAUCGGUCUUUCCCUCUGUCUGGGCCUGAACCUCUUGUCUUCUCUCAAACACUACGCGAACACAUUUCGGUGGUCGUUCCUGGCCAGGAGAUACGUCAGCCUGGAGACAUUCGAUCUCAUUCUACAUGCGAGCUCGCUCGUCAAAGUCACCAAACUCAUGAUCAUCUCAAUGCCGGGCAUCCGCAGGCAAAAACACCUACAUAAAUUACCUUGGUUCAAAGAUGCUAGGAAUGACGGCACGAAGUGGAUGUGGCUUGUAUGCGCUCUUUGGCUCUCCAUCAACAUUGGAUCUCAGGUUUUGGUUGCCUUACUAUCGCUGUUUUGGCCUGUGGAGAACUCGCUCACUCCACUCAUGUCGCCUGGCAAUGUGACCGUAGCAGACUUGACGACAUGGUACGUUGGUCCCAAGGCGAAAACGAACGCUACUGCCAUGGAGACCGCCUGGCAAUUUGGGAUGGAAGCACAGGUCUAUUUUGAGUAUCCCAUAAACGAGACUAUGACAGACCUCUCUUCAUUGCCAGGAACGCCAUUAUACCACAAUGGCACCUCAUGGGAGUAUCGCUUUUUCAAUCGGAACCCCCAACAACAGUAUACCAGCUAUAUCCUUAGCGAACGCAAGAUUCACGCAUCUACAACUUGCGAACAGCUUCAGGUCGAUGGAAACGUCCGAACAGAUGAGGAUGGGAUCCUCUUCAUCAAAGGCAAGGCAGAUGGACAGGACUGGACAAUGUACAAUAUUCCGGAGCAGGCCGCAGGAUCCAUAACGUGGAUGGCCUCGGUUGAUGCACACUGCGGUUCGCGAUGCACCAACUUUACUAUCCUACAGAACAAGGACAAAGCAAACAUCCCCGGGUCAUCAUUAUUCAUGUGCAACAGCACCCUGUCACACGUAACUCCAGCACAUGGCAAAUACGACAUCAGCGGCCUAACCCACGACGACGAAAAGUCCGUCUAUGGGAGCGACGCAUUCGCCCGAAUCGCUGCGGGCGCUAUCGGCUGGACAGGAAUCGCUUGGAACGACUGGAAAACUCUCCAAUCACGCACAUAUACACAAGGCUCGGAAUGGUCGCCCACAACUGUCGUAACAACCGAUGACGUCGCGAGGAUGCUCUCGCGCUUCACCAUCGGCGCCGUAGCUGCCUUCGACGACCACGGGAUCCGCUACAACGUUCGCAAUCAACAAACCGUCCCCACGCAAGGCCAGCAACUAGACGUCGACUGGUUCUGGAUCAGCGUCAUACUCAGUAGUAUCUGCGGCAUACAGCUCAUCGCCUUGAUUCUGAUGGUCGCUUUCGCAAACCGCGCGAUUGUGCGCGACGAGAGCUUCUUCAGCAUGGCUAUGCUGCUGAGCCCCGUAGUUUCGAAAAUCGGACCGAGCGGGAUGAAUUUGAGUGGUGCAGAGAUCAAGGAGCAUAGAAAGUUGAUGUGGAAGAAGAUCCGGUAUGAUUAUAGGGAGGGCAAGGAUGGGGGGCCGAAUCAGGUGGAUAUUUUCUUCGAAGGGAAGGAUCAGAGAGAGGGGAGGAAGAGUUGGGCGCCGGGGUCGUAUUCUUGA